AUGGGCUCCUUACUCACCAGGGGGGAUGGUUUCUUUCACUUGAAGGAUGUAGAGAUUCCUGUCCCCGGCGACGGCGAGGUUCUGGUCAAAGUCGUCGCAGUAUCACAAAAUCCUACGGACUGGAAAACACUUCGCCUCCAUCCACAGCCGGGCAACGUCAUUGGGUGUGAUUUCGCCGGAGUCGUAGUCAUGAUUGGAUCCCACGUCCCUGAGGGCCUCAGAAGGGUGGGUGAAAGGGUAGCCGGUGUAGUGCAUGGCGGGACAAGUCCGAAUGGUGCCUUCGCUGAAUAUACGGUGGCAUCUGCGAAGUUGUUGAUCUCAGUGCCGGACACGCUCUCGUUCGAAGAAGCGGCUCAGCUUGGGAUUCCAUGCUACACCGCCUGUCAAAGUCUGUACCAGUGUCUGGGACUCCCCACUCCUCUGUCGCCUACGGAGACACCCAUCGACGUCCUCAUCUGGUCUGGCACGUCCGCAACCGGGCAGUAUGCUAUCCAACUAGCAAAGCUUGCAGGCCUUCGAGUCAUUUCGACGGCAUCUCCUAAAAAUAUUGACUUUGUCAAGGGUCUGGGGGCGGAUGAAGUGUUCGACUAUGCAGACUCAUUCACCUUCAGAAAGAUUAUCUCUGCCACGAGCGGGCGUCUGAAGUAUGCGAUAGAUUGUACCAGUGAAGGCACGACGCCAUACCAGGUCAGCAUGUCGCUCAGCGAGGAAGGAGGGACAAUCGCUACUCUGCUCCCGUAUACAAGCAGAAGACAAGGGGUGAAGACGGAGUUCAUCCUUGCAUAUACCAUUCUGGGAAAGACCGUUGAGAUUCCCUUUCAUAUUCCCGCUUAUCCCGAACACUACAGGAAUGCGGUCAAGUAUAGCAAACUAAUUUCGACCUUGCUUGCCAAGUCUGUGCUCAAACCUUGCACCAUAAGAGUCUUCCCUCACGGUUUGGAAAGCGUGCACGAUGGGUUUGAGUACAUGAAAGCAGGGAAGGUACACGCGGAAAAGCUCAUUUAUAGAAUUGCUGACACGCCUGGGCUCUCCGACGAGGACGAUUAG